UCGGUGUGUGCAGCACACAUAAACAAAAGUUUCCCGGUAAGGUGGCGAUCGUUGUUUUGUCGCUCUAGAACUAUAGAUUUUAGGGUAAAACGUGCAAAAUUGUCGUGAUGCGAAGUGUUCGAUAUUAGCCUUGAUAUUUAAACGAUAGAAUCGGAUAGUGAAAAUCAGUUUCAGUGUUAAUGUGUGCGUGUGUGCCAGCUUAAAAAACGGCCAAUCUCAAUUCAUCGGUCACGUACCGUGAAUGAUCACGAUAAGUGAGUGAUUGACGUGAAAUCGGCCAAAACGAUCAGCCGAAGCCGAUAUCAAUCAAACGGAAAUGUCAAACUUUUAUCGCAGCAGUACGAUUUUCCCGUGACGGUGUUUUUCUUCGGUUCUGUUUUGAACAGGCUGUUCGCUCUCCGCUCAAUCUACCGUGCGGCUCGGUACGAGUGAAUGUGUUAGUGAACAUCGAGUUGUGAGUUGAGUUGCAAGUGUUGGUGCGUCACAGUUGUAUGAAGGAAAAAAAAAGAAAUAUGUUGCAAUCUAUAUAUCGUUACCAGGCCUUCGCACGUGCAUCCACCCGCCGACAACCUGUCAAACAGAAAAACUGUUGUUUGGGAUGCGAUAUUUUUUUCGCUGGGUCUUUGUUGUUCUGCGCGGCCAGCCUGUAAUUUUAUUCAUGUUCGUAAUAAAUAUUAAAGUUUGAAAUAUUUUUCUGCCGAUAAAAGCGGGAAGAUUGUGAACAAAGUUGUUACUCAGCAGAAAAGCGAUAAAAAGUCUCCGAUAGACCCACGGGGACUGUCAGUCGGCGGUACGGCGGUGGAAAGCGCAAAUACAGAAUCAGCAUUUUCAUCGCAAUCUAACCGUUUGGAUCUUUUGGUCCCUGUGUCUCAUAUUCGGCUGAGGUGAGAUGAGGUUUUAACUUCAACAACAGAAGAGCGAGUGUCGAAUGUGCAAUCACUCCGGCGAAACAAAAAAAAAAAAACAAACGAGCAUUCAAUAAAUAAAAAUACACACAUUUUUAUGCGAUUUCGGCCGUAUCUUCCGGCAAAUGACUCACCACCGCAUGACAUUGGCGCGAGCGUAACGUCAACCCGCAGAACGACAAAUUCGACGCGCAGCGGAAUCAUCAUAAAAACAUAAACGUCAAAAUAAAAUAUCACACGGACCACCACCUCGCGGUUUCGUUUGCUCCACACGCGCACCCCGCUGAUCGCGGCCGAGUGAUUCCGGUACCCAGCGGUUCUCCGGCCGUGUGCACAUCCACGGGAACUACAUGUUAUCACCGGUGCAGCACCGCCAAAUAAUGAAAUCAUAAUACGAUACGACGCGAAAACAAAAUAGCUCUACAUCGGGUGCACAGCCAUCUUUGUCAGGUCGAUCGGUUCGCGAAACCACCAUCAGCCGUCAGCGGUGUUCGGUUCGGAUGUGUGUAUGUGUGGGUGUUGUUAACAUGCUCCGAUUUUCUAUUGCUUAUUGUUAGAUGAAUCUGAAACGGUCCGAUUUGUUGGCAAGUGUGUAAGCAAACAGAACCACAUCAAUAGUGAGCAAAAAAAAAAUGGACCGUCGAAUCGAAUAAGCGCAAAAAAACAAAACGCAACUCUAGUCACCGUGGAGACACCACAGCCGCCGACUAUGACCGUGGAGUUGAGCCUCGAAGCAGUCGUAAUGGGAGACGAUGAGGAAGCUGCUGACGAGCAGCAAUCGUUACCGCAGGAACAACAACAACAACAACAACAAGUGAACUCCUCAUCCAGCGCCAGUAGCAGCAGCACAUCCAACGGCAGCGAAAUUGCACCCGAAACGGACAUGAUAAACUCACGGCCGGCAUCGAAUCAGAACGAGCCGGAGGAAGAUCCUUCAAUGGAUCAGGAUUCCGGUUUGUCACCGGCGGCACCGAACAGUAGCAGAUCCCCGUCGGUUGCCUCCCCUACCGCUUCCAAUUCGAACACAUUCCGAGCAGAAACGACGGAUCACAAUCCGUUCCCAUCGGAAAAGGUAGAAAUCAAGAUCGAACCCGGCCUGCUGGAUGACAACCAGCACAGAUCACCGGAUGGGGUCGGCAAGGAUGAGAACAGUAAAUCUCCGAGGCUGAGCGCCGCUCAGAUACCCAUGCUUAGACUGAAUAUUGCAUUAGCUUCCGACCCGGCGGCUAAUCCGGACGCGAAAGAUCUUACGAACAUAACCGCAGCAAAUGAUAGUCAAUUCGAAAAAUCUAUCGAGCCGGAUUUCGUCGGUGCUGCCCCUCCGCCACAGCCAGUCAUUCGGAAAGCAAACAAACCCGAUAUCACGAUUCCGAUAAACGUUGAUCUUCCCCCUCGGAUACCGAUGUUCAUGUGCGGGCCGUGUGGCAUUCGGUUUUCGUCGGCAUCAACGCUCGAAGCUCAUCAAACCUACUACUGUUCACAUCGGAAGGAUGCCGACGAAAACAGCGGAGGCGGAAAGAAUGCCAACUCCAACGAUCCCAACUGUUCUGAGCCACCGGCAAAGGCGGCUAAAACUGGCAAGCAGUACGCCUGCACCCAGUGUUCGUACAGUGCGGACAAGAAGGUCUCUCUAAACCGACACAUGCGCAUGCACCAGUCAUCACCCGCUCCGAGCUCCAACACUUCCAACGGCGAUGACAGUACAGCUAGUCAACAACUUCAGUUACAGUUCCAGGCCCAAGCAGCAGCGGCGGCUGCUGCAGCCGCCGCCGUGCUUCAACAGCAGCAGCAGCAACAGCAGCCUCCGCAAGUCGACCGUUACUGUUCCGAUUGUGAUAUUCGGUUCUCCAGCACGAAGACUUACCGGGCGCAUAAACAACACUACUGUAGCUCCCGGCACAGAGACGGUCAAUCGAACAACAGUACACCAAAGCCUCCGCAGAAAUCCGGUUCGCAGAGCCCUCCGGAUGUUCCCAAGACACCGCCUGUAGCACCACAACAACCGUUCCUGGCAUUACCAACCAAUCCCAUCAUAGUUAUUCCAUAUUCGCUUAUUCGCGGCGCCAGCGUCAUUCCCGGAUUGCUGUCCACCCUGGCACCGGGCAUAUCGAAUCCGGAGUCUGCCUGUUUCUUUUUCCAAAACGGUACACUGCAGCCUAUUGCCGUGUCGUUGGCUUCCGCUACGGCGGCCGCGGCUGCAGCAGCAGCAGCUGCCGCGACUGUCGCCGCCAACGCAGUCACAUCGCAGCAGCCACAGCCGUCGCAAGCUCCGUCGCAUGGUCACCAUGGUAACUCACAGGCAAACUCCGGAAGCUCCAGCUCCCAAUCACGUGUCCAGACACCGAAUGUGGGAAGCGACAACAGCUCCAACAGCACCGGAGAGGUGUUGAAGGCAGUGAACAAACGAGAAAAUGUUAAAGAAUCUUCAACGCCGUUGGAUCUUUCGGUACGACGUUUAUCUCCUGGUGGGAAUCUCCGCGAACGAUCUCUCUCCCUAUCCUCAGCCAUAUCAGUGGACCAGCUCCGGAUGGAUUUCGACAGUCUAAUGGAGGGUAAAGAGAAUCUCUCGGUCAGUGGUGAUUCGAUCACCCCCGAACAGAUCGUGUGUGCGCCAUCGUUACCCGGAAGUCCUCCACUGACACCGUCUCCCAAGCGGCGAUCCAACAGUCCACGCGGUGGAGGUGGUGGCUCCGGUGGAAGUGUCACUGGUUCCCGAAGUGAUCGCGAUGGAUCUGUCUCAAUAUCUCCACUGACACUACAGCAGCAGCAGCAGCAACAGUUGCUGAUGCGUCCCCUACUCCCCGCUGACAUCGCUCUGCGCCUUUCAGCCGGGGAUCCCGCUCUCAACUUGAACCUCAACAUUCUCCCUCACUCUCAGCUACUCACGAAGCAAGGCGUUGAACUCGCAUUCCGACUGUCGUCUACGGUCAACAGCAACAACGUGGAUCACAUGCCCAACAAAAAUCACCCUCAGCCACAAAUGUCUCCUCUGUUGAACAGCAUCUCACCGACCAAUAAUGUUCAGGUACCGGUACUUUCCAGCACUCCGCAGAUCUUCGUCAAACAAGGCGAUUCCAAGUGCAAAGAGUGCAACAUCGUGUUCUGCAAGUAUGAAAACUAUCUGGCUCACAAGAAGCACUACUGUUCGGCUCGAAACCUAGACGGCGAUGGUGACAGUUCGAAAGCGAGUCCGCCAAUUUCUCCGCAAGCGGCCAGUCCAUCCAAUACGAGUGGCAGUGCAAAUCCGAGUGGAACCCAAAGACCGCACACCGGCCCUGGACAGGCGAUGGCAUAUCAACAAUUGAUUUGUGCCGCUUGCGGGAUCAAGUUCACCUCCCUGGAUAAUCUCACUGCCCAUCAAAUGUACUAUUGUCCGAAACGGGUUGACGUCCAGAUGCCGACUAAUGUAACACCACAGAAGGAGAGGUGCUCCAAGUGCAAGAGUAUGCAUGAACCAGGCCAACCAUGCACUGUGGCGGGUCAGGGCGCUUACAAGUGCCCCAUUUGCGAAGCCAUCAGUCCAAACUCCACGGAAGCACGCCGUCACAUGGACACUCACGGCGGUGUGAAAGCCUUCCGGUGUACCAUCUGUCGGUACAAGGGGAACACCCUACGUGGCAUGCGAACCCAUAUCCGUAUGCACUUCGACAAAAAGUCCAACGACUUUAACGAGGAGAACUACAUCACCUGCAUCCUGGAAGAGGAUGGCAUCGAAAUACCGCCUGCGGCUGCCGUAGCAUCCGCAGCUGCAGCCGCCGCACAACUAAUGAAUCAAGCAGCCGCGGUUGCGCAAGCCGCUAGUCAAUCGCAACAGCCGCCGUUACCUCCGCCGCCGCUGAUCGGAGACAACAAACUGAACCAGGCGACGCACGGAGCAGGACAGAUGACUUUCUGCGAACUGUGUCCGUAUUAUUCGGCUUAUAAAAUGAAUGUGGCGAAACAUAUCAAGUUUGUGCAUAGUCGCGAACGUCCACCAAGCAACUCGCCCUUGAUCGGCGAAGGUGGUGAAUCUUUGAUAUUCAAUGGAGACAGUGGUAACUCAACGCCACGACCGCCGGUGAGCAGCACACCUGGGCCGACUACAAAUAGUGUCAUAAAAACAGAACCAGAAGAUGAUCGACCAGAGGACGCCGAUGUCGACGUGGAUGUCGUCAUGGAAGAACCGGAAGUGAUUAUAAAAACCGAAGCCUCGGACCUGACCGGUCCCGGCACAAUGGCUUCUCCACCGCCCCCCGCAUUAGUUGCAAAUCAAACUCAACAAGUCAAACAGAAAUCUCUCGUCAAAAACUCCCCGAAUCACCAGCAGCAAACGAAGACACCGUCGCCACCAUCCUUUCUGGGAGAAAUCAAUCACAGCGGUCCCAACUAUUGCGCCCCGUGCGAUAUUACCUUCAACUAUGUCAAUACGUACAUUGCCCACAAGAAGUUUUACUGUAAAAAUAUCCAACAGGAUGGUGGGACAUCAGUAGGCGGUGCCCCGGCCAGUAUCCGGGCGGCUACUAGCGGCUCACCGAACAGUGUGUUAGCAGUUACCAGGGCAACCGAAACUUCUGUUUGAAAUGAAGCGACCAGAACCAUUCGUUUCCAAAGCAAGUAAAUCUAAGCGAGAGACACAACAAAAAAAAUGGGACAGUGGCAAUUGUAUACGCAAAACAAACGAAAAAUGAUUGAUAUGAUGAAUUUACGCAACAAAUACACAGCAAAAUGUAUACGGUUUUAUCACACUAUCGUUAUAGCAGAGAGGUCAGAAUCGAAACUAGAACACACAAACAAACAUUACUAAAAAAACAUUAACGUUACUGUGUUAUAUUUGUAAUAACUGACCUGUAGGUUAAGGACUGGAAUCUUAACAUUCUAACAGUUAGUCUUACUAAUCUUGAAGGUAAUAUCAAUUACAAUAAACUAAAUUCAUAGAAGCUCAAA